AUGAGAAAAUUCUUUACGACCAUUAGUGAAAAGGAAUUAUCUUUAUUAAAACUGGCUCGAUUUGAAAAGAAUGAGGCUGUUUAUCAGAGAAAUAACCUCAUCUUGGACUUCUUAUUCUAUACUGGUUUAAGAGUAAGUGAACUAGUCAACCUCAAACAUCGGGAUUACCAAGAGCAAAGUUUAAGAAUUCACGGCAAAGGCAACAAAAUUCGGCAGGCUCUAGUGCCUCCUUUUUUAGAAAAGUAUUUAAGACUAGGAGCCAAGGGCUAUUUAUUCACCAAUCAAAACGGCCAUCGAUUAUUAACCGAUAAAGUCCGAGAAAUCAUCAGAACCCGAACUAAAUUAGCCGGUUUAAAAAAAUGGGUUAGUCCUCAUACUUUUAGACGGAGUUUUGCCACUUUAUUAGAUAGAAGAAAAGUCCGAAUGACUACUAUUCAAAAGUUAUUAGGACACUCUAAUUUAGAAACCACAGCCCAAUAUAUUCAUAAUGACUUUGAGACUUUGUAUGCUGAUUAUAACCCCUUAAAACGGAAAGAAUACCAAAAAGAACUAAUGAGGAAAAGGAGAAAUAACGGACUAACUGAUAAAAAUGUUAGUCUCGUUAGUCCCAAGUUAGACCCUAAUUUAAAUUUUAGCCCCUCCGUUAGUCCCCAAAUAUUAGCCCUUAAUAAUUCUGUUAGUCCCGAAAAUAAAGUGUUAGCCCCUGAACUUGUUAGCCCCGUUAGACCCAACCAAAAAAAGUUAGACCCAGUUAGUCCUUGUUCGAAUUACCAAGAACUAAAAAAGGAGGUCGAGCAAUUAAGGACUGAAAAAAAUAAAGAUUUUGAAAAGUUUUUUACGGAAAAUGAAAACCAAAAAGCCACUCAUAAACAAAAAAUAAUUGAAUUUUACCAAGAAAUAACCACUUAUAAAGAAACUAUAAGGGAAUUACAAGAGCAAAAUAAAUCUCUAAUAGAAAAAUAUAGUAGGUUAGAAAAUCAAAGCAAAAAUCAAACUAAUUCUCUAUCUAUUCCUAAUUUAUCGGCUCUAAUUAAUAAACAUCAAAAAAUCCAAACUAUUCAGUGA